AUAAGGUUAGAUUUUUAAAUACCUAAACAUAUUUUUAAAUUGCUAAUAAAAGUGUAUAUAUAAUUUAAAAAUAAAAUGAGUGUAUUUGUUGAUAUUCGGUUAGCUACAGAUCGAGUUAAUACUACAUUUAUUUCAAAUGAAGGCGAAAUUCCACCGUUAUGUACACCAGGAGAAAUAGUGUCAGCAAAGGAAGGUUUUAUGAAUGGACAUGGGACAUAUAUAGAAGAUGAUAACAUAAAAGCUUCAGUAGCAGGAGUUAUUGAGCGUGUAAAUAAAUUAAAAUCAGUAAAGCCUUUAAAAAAUCGUUACGUAGGAGAAAUAGGCGAUGUUGUUGUAGGACGAGUAACAGAAGUCCAACAAAAGCGAUGGAAAGUAGAUACAAACUCCCGAUUGGAUUCCAUAUUGCUGUUGUCAUCAGUCAAUUUACCAGGUGGUGAAUUACGAAGACGUUCUGUGGAAGAUGAACAAAUGAUGCGAAAAUAUUUACAAGAAGGUGAUUUAGUUUCAGCUGAAGUACAAAAUAUAUUUGAAGACGGUAGUUUAUCAUUAAGCAUGAGAAGUUUAAAAUAUGGAAAACUUUCCCAAGGAGUACUAAUCAAAGUUUUUCCAUCUUUAAUAAAACGUCGAAAAACACAUUUCCAUAACUUAUCAUGUGGAGCUUCAUUGAUUUUAGGAAACAAUGGCUUUAUAUGGAUUUGUCCACCAAUUAAUUCAGAAGAAUCAGCUGGUGGUUUUGUUCAAAAUCUGAACGAAAUGGUUCCAAAAGCUGACCGAGAAGUAAUUGUCAGAUUAAGGAAUUGUGUGUUAGCAUUAGCACAAUGUAAUAUGAUGCUAUAUGACACAAGUAUAUUAUAUGCGUUUGAAGAAUCAAUGAAAUAUCAUGUUAGUGAAUUAUUGCAACAAGAACCAAUUUUAGACGUAGCCGUUUUAACCCAGCAUCGCCUGAAAAUUCAAGAAAUUUAGAACAUACAUAUUUUAAUUUUUAAAAAAGACAAAAAUAAAAAAUUAAUACAUACAUCUAUGAAUUCAACAGAAUAAAAUAAGUCCUUGUAAAAUACUUGUAUGCCACAGUUUUCUGUAUUUUACAGAAUUUUGUACUUGUUAAGAUUUAUUUCGGGUUACUGAAUAUAAUAAAUAUGUAUACUUAAUAAUUAA